UUUAACUCAAAUAUUGUUGAGCCACUGUGAAGAUUAUCAGCUGUUAGGAGAAUUUUAUUCAAUGCGGCCCUGUGAGAUAACAAUUCCCAACGAAGGACGUACAAUCUUAUAAUAAAAGCAGAAUCAUGUCGCAGACUUUUUACGUCUUGCUCGCUCUGUUCGGAGGACUGCUGUAUUACUUAUAUUUAUGGGGGAAAAAGAAGCACAGUUAUUGGGCAGAAAGAGGAGUCAAGUAUGUGGAACCGGUGCCGUUUUUUGGUCAGCUCCUGCCCGUUUUCCUGUUGAAAAAAGGAGUCGGACAAGUACCUCUGGAAAUUUACAGGGCUUACCCGAACGAAAAAUUGGUCGGAUACUACAACUUCACCGACCCCGGCGUCGUCGUUAAUGAUCCCGAGCUGAUAGAAAAGAUAACGAUAAAAGAUUUCCAACAUUUUGUGGACAGGCCGCAUUUCGGUUUGGACGAGGAGAGCGUCUCGUCCAAAGCGCUGUUCAACUUGUUAGGGAAAGAAUGGAGGACGGCCAGGUACAAAAUCAGCCCAGCUUUCACGACCGGUAAGCUCAAAUUGACUUAUCAGACCAUGGACCGAUGUUCCGACGUUCUGAUCGAGAACAUAAGAAAAAAGACUAAAAACUGCGAAAUAAAACCACUUCUGGUUAAUUAUGCAAUCCACACCAUUACAACCGGUGUCUACGGCGUAGAGAUCAAAGACGAAAAGACCGUGAAAGACUUUGCCGAAAUGGCGGAUCUUUUGUUCUUUUCUGGAAAAUUGACUAUUUUCCGUCAGUCCUUUCUCAGAUUCUUUCCAAAAACCUCACGCUUUUUGGGUUUGAAAUUUUUCAACGGUGAUUGUGAGGAAUACUUCAAAUUCAUGCUCGAGUCGACAUUCGAACAAAGAAAACACUCCAAAUUGCAUAAUAAUGAUUUCGUAGAUUUUCUUCUGAAGCUUAAAAACAAAAUAAAGCUAGAAGCCAUCGAAAAAGAUUCCGAAGAUAGUUACCUAAAUCUUGACGAAUCUGGAGAAAUAGACACCAUAGAAUUUACCGAUCAAUUUAUCAACGGAAUGGCUGAGCAAUUCAUCCUCGCAGGAGUUCUCCCUCUGGUGCAGGUGGCCCUCUACUCUAUGUUCGAACUCGCCUUACAUCCAGACUGUCAGGAAAAGGCGAGGAAGGAAGUGAGAGAAGUAAAAGAAAAGCACGGAGGAUACACGUACGCUGCCUUGAAGGAAAUGACCUACCUGGAUUGCUGCCUAUCCGAAAUCAUGAGGAUGCACUCGCUGGUGGAAAACCUGGAAAGAAUCUGCACCAAAGACUAUACUACACCAGACGGAUUGGUCAUAGAAAAAGGCACUACGGUCAUGAUACCCAUUAAGGAAAUGAUCAUGGAUCCAAAAUUCUUUCCGAAUCCGGACGUCUUUGAUCCUGAAAGAUUCUCCCAAGACAGCAGCAUCCCUUCAGUCUUUCUUCCCUUCGGUGCAGGACCAAGGAUUUGCAUAGGCAUGAGAUACGCCAAUCUGCAGGUCAAAUCCGCUUUGGCGAAAAUCAUUGGAAGUUUCAGCUUCAAACCUGGUAAAGGGGUGGGCACAAAGCUCAUAUUCGGUACGCUGUCUUUCGUGCCUAUUUUGCAAAAUAAAAUUAUUAUUGAUUUCACACCCCUUGAGUAGCCUCCACGACAUAAGCUUCUUGUGAGUUUGUUAAAAUUAAAGGAAAAUAUGUUUAACCUAGUGUCAAUAAAAAGUGUAAAAAUGAGAA